CCCUGGAGUAGAGCCUCAGUUUCAUAUUUCCUUCACAACUAGAAGUUACAUAUUUAUUUGGCUCAUCACAAUAAGAUCUGAAACUUUUUGAUUCAAAAAACGAAAAUUGAAAAUCUGAAAUUUGAAAAUAAAAAUAUUUUAAUAACACUAAAUAAUAUUCAAAGUUAAAUCAAGUGACUGAAAAGAUAAUGGCUAAAGCUAAGAUAUCGCAGUGGUUGAAGCAAGUUCGUGAUGCUGGUCGUGCUCUCCAGAUUGGAGAUGUAACCACCCUACGUGAUCCCUCCAAAUGGGGCUUCCCCUGGAUUCAGGCUGGAAACCGCUACCUUCCAUGGUCCGAUAAUGCUGGCAAGAAGACCACCAACCAGCAGGAGAAGAACAUCAAUGCUGGAUUAGGAGGUGCUAACGCUGAUAAGGUCAAGACUGGACCCAAGACAACAAUUGAGAUCAAUACCAAGGAUAGUGCCCAGUCCACCAAGAUGACCAAAUUGGGUUACUUUGGACGUGCCUUCUACUGGUGGCGCCUCCCGGAGAAAUAGGAGAUGCCAUCCAAUCUUCCAGAGCCAAUCGGAUAGCUCUAAUGUUCCAGUUCAAUUGUUAAAUCGUUUCGUUAUGUUUUUUUUUGUUUGAAGAUCAAAAAUAAUACUUAGGAUAGUCAAGAUGCAUAGCUAGCCGAGGAGGAGUAAUCCUGAAGUCCAGGCACCAAGCUUGCUACAAAUUCUCGCAAUGAUAUCCAAAUUCCGUAUAGAACUGGACCAGUAACCGCAAAAGGGCAUUGUUUCUAUAAAUGUAAUUCUCUGCCAGGUUUUACAUUUUCAUAUACAUUUUGAAUAUAUAGCCUGGUCCUCAUACAACAAAAA